AUGAUUGCUCUUCUCAUACUUUUUCUGGCUGCGAGUUCCGCCACAAAAGAAAUUGAGGAAACUUUGGAUGCUGCAGACUAUAUUGCAUAUUACGGGUAUCCCGUGGAGAGGCAUUAUGUUACAACAGAUGACGGUUACACAAGUGAGGUGCAAAGGAUUCCAUCUGGAAGGGAUGAAAGACUUAUCGAAGGUUGCUCCAAAAAGCGUCCGAUCGUAUUCUUCAUGCAUGGUCUGUUUGCCUCCUCCUACUUAUAUCUAUUCAAUUUACCAUCUCAAAGUCCUGCGUUCGUUUUCGCUGAUGCUGGGUUUGAUGUGUGGCUUGGAAACGUUCGUGGUACGGAGUACGGUAUGAACCACACAAAGUUCGAUGCGAAGGAUCCGAGCUUCUGGAACUUUACAUUGUACGACUACUCACACUACGAUCUCCGCCAACAAAUCGAGUAUGCUUUGGAGGAAACUGGCCAGGAAUCAUUAUUCUAUGUAGGACACAGCCAAGGAACCACUGUGAUGUUUGCAAGACUUGCAGAAGCAGAUGCCACGUGGCAAAACAAAAUUAGAUUAUUUUUUGCCUUGGGACCAACUGCCGGAUUCCUAAAACCAUUGAUGCCAUUCACGUUGCUCGAGAAAGGUCUUUUACAGAAGUUGAUUCAGUAUGUACUAGAUGGAAGGUUCGGGAUCCAGCCAGUUCAAAUUCCAAAAACCUUAUUAUCACAUCUCGCUGAUUUUUGCUCUUCACCAUUCCUUUCUCAUCUGUGCUCAGCUGGAUUUCAUAUCGCAUCGGGUCUGGAAAAACUGGGUCAAGUUAAUGCAUCGAGACUUCCAAUCAUUUUGAGCCAUUUUCCAUCGGCAACUUCCACACUGAACAUGCUCCACUGGAUGCAAAUUUUCAAAUAUCAUGAAUUGAGAAGAUUAGAUUUAGGAGCUGAAAGAAAUAUGAUUGCUUAUGGACAAGAAGAAGCGCCUAAAUUGGAUAUUGGAAAUAUUGUGGCACAAACGAUUUUGUACUUUAGUAAGGAUGACAGGAUCACAGAUGAGGUGGAUGUGCGGGAGAUCAUAAUGAAACAGAUGGGACCUGGACUCAUAGAAAAUUACGAUUUGGAUCAUUUCACUCAUUCGGAUUUUGCGAUUGGCCUACGAGCGACAGAUGAAGUAUACAAACCGAUUAUCUAUAGAAUAUACAAAGAAAUUCAAAAGAAUGGGUGUUAA